UCACCUGACCAAAAUUUCUUGUUUUCCUUCACGUUUAAAAAUGGAAACCCAAAGCUCUAUUUCCUCCCCUUCUUGUUCCGACAUGAUUUUCAACUUUCUAAGUCCCAAAAAUUUCUUCGAUUUCUUUUUGAACCCUAGUUGAUUAUAUUUGAUCAUAGCAUUAUCUUGUACGAUUAGUUAAGCCAAUUUUUCGUUUAAAUGAAAUUAGAGAAAUAUUUUUUACCUUUUCCCUAUUUUAUAUAUUUCUAAAAUAUUAGUAUUAAUUUUUACGUUAUCUUAUAUGAAAUGAAAUGAAUUUUUCAUUGCCCUAGGUCGGACCGAAAAUCUUGUUCUUGCCGCCUAGCGUCUAGAUUAUCAGACUUUUCAACGCCUUUCCAAAUUCACGGAGAACGCGGUUUUGAACCCAAUUCAUCUUCCCCAAAAUUUUCUCUUCAUAAAAACCCCUUCACCACAAUCGAACCCCUUCACCGUCAAAGAUGGCAUCAAUCUACAGUUGUAAAGAGUGCAAUACAAACUUCAAUCUCCAUACCAACUAUCUUUUCCCACCGGAUUUUUACUUCGAAGCCGGCAAUAAAGGUACUCUAUCUUUCUCCGCUGUUGAUUCAUCCAAAUUCAAGUUCGAGAAAGAAGAUAAAAUUAGACCCUUUUUCGAAACCCUUGAUUAUUGGGGAAUUCAGAGGAAAAGGACUAAGAUGAUGUGUAUGAAUUGUGGGAAGGUUGUGGGCUAUGUGUAUGAUGACGGGCCACCCAUGACUGAUAGUCCGGGUCAGUUUCAUUUUGGUCCUAGUCAGGUUAUUCCUAGAGCUGCAAGGUAUAGGAUAAAAAAUAAAGCUUUGAAGAUUACUUCUGAGACUUGAAUGUGAUUUGAUUUUUGAUUUUCUUUUUUUUUUUAGAUGUUGAGGUUUGUGUAUGGAUUUAAGAGAUGUUUGAUGUUUGUGUAUAUGAGAUUUUGAUUUUUACAUUUUGUUGGUUUUGUGAGUUGUUGUUUCAUAUUUUGUGUAAAUAUUUAUACUGGAUCAAUAAAGACUCACCUUUUAUGACUUUUCUUUA